AGCCAAUUUUUCAAAAAGCAUAUGUUACCCUUUAUUGAAUUUCUUUACAAGGCAUUUCAAAUUAGCUUUUGUCCGUAAAUCUGAAUCACAUAUUGUUUUAAUUUUGCUCUAUCCCACAUUCUUUAGGUUCACCACCCAAUUCGUCCUUCCUUUAACUCAUCACCUAUUAAGUGUUUGACAAUCUAUACAAGGUUGGUAGUGCAUAUUAUAUUUGAGAAGUUUCUUGAAUAGUGCCAAACAUUUGAAUUUAGAUACACACUUUUUUUUAUAAAUAGAUUACUCUUAUGGGACACUAAGAAAAACAAAGAUUUUUAGAGGACACACAAAGAAAUGGCUUCAAAGCAAAGCUUGAUUCCUAUAGUAAGCAAGGCCUUUUGUUCAUUAUCUGAGGUAGUUCUGGUUGUUCGAAGAAGGCCACAUGUGGUUAACGGAGGAGGAUUUGUGGUUACAGAUUGUACACAGAUACCCAUUUUCAGUGUUGAUGGCUGUGGAGUUCUUGGCAAAAAAGAAGAGCUUCUUCUCAGGGAUGCUAACGGAAAUCCUUUGCUGCUUAUACGACAAAAGGGAGGUAUAGUUGAAGCAGUUAGUAUCACAAGGAAAUGGAAAGGGUACAAAACUGACUUUUUAGGGCCUCAGAAGCUGGUAUUCACCUUGAAAGAGCCUAUUACUAUGUGCCUAUUAAACAAAAAUUCCAUUAGAAUCUGUAUUGAGUCAAAAGAGUUGAGCAAUUAUGGCGACUUUGAGAUCAUAGGUGACUUCUCUGAUAAAGAUUGCAGCAUUGUCAAUUCCAGGGGCGAUCCAAUUGCACAGAUUGGUGUUAAGAAGGAGAUGGAGCAAGUGAUGAAAAGCAAGGAUCUAUACUAUGUUUCCAUAAAGCCAGGAAUCGAUCAUGCUUUUGUUAUUGGAGUAAUUGCUGUUCUUGAUUAUAUAUAUGACGGAUCUACCAGAUGCUAGUGGAAUUGUACUAACAUUGAAGAAUGUCACGAUAAAUUCACUGUGUCACGGUAUUAACAACAUGGUUAUAAAUUAUAAUUUUUCAGAAAUUAUUAUUGCGACUGUGAUUUGUAUUGAAUUCUGCGUAAAUGUGUAGUUAAGAUAUAUGUUUGUGUCCAUUGAAAAACUCUUCAUUA